AUGGCUAUCUCCAAGUCCGACCCAAUCAUCAUUGUAGGCGGCGGAGCCUUCGGGCUCUCCAGCGCUCUUCACUUGACUCGCUCGGGCUUCACGAAUAUUUCUGUCUUUGAGAGGGAUGAACACAUUCCGCCGCGGUAUUCGGCCGCCAAUGAUCUGAACAAGAUUGUGCGCGCGGAAUACGAGGAUCCCUUCUACACCGAUUUGACGAUUAAAGCUAUCGCCGCAUGGAAAACACCUCUUUUCGCACCUCACUUCCACCAAACUGGCUUCCUCCACUGUGUGUCUGGCGAAGCGCCCCAGAAAGCCAUCGACACCCUCAACAGAUUCCGAGCUUCGGCAAAUGCAAGUGAUCAAAUCAAACCACACGUCGUACCGCUCAAUGGUGUAGACGACAUUCGCCAAGCUUGCUGGCAGCUCGAUGGCCCCUUGACCGGAUGGAACGGAUACCUGAACCGCUUCGACGGGUAUGCCCACUCCGGGAAUGCCCUGGCAGGAGUAUACCGCGCCGCGCAGGCCGCCGGCGUGCGCUUCUACCUCGGCGAACGCGGCGCAGUCGACGAAAUCGUCUAUGUCAGCACCCUGCAGGGCAAGAAGAGCUCCGGGAUCCGAACAAAGGAGGGGAAGUUCCACCCAUCUUCGCUGGUGAUUGUCGCAGCGGGUGGUGCGGUGGGCCGUCUUGUCCCGGAGAUCGGGAAGAAGGUCGUGGCCAAGUCGUGGUCUGUGGCACAUGUUCUUCUUACCGAUGAAGAGACUUCUGCGCUGCGUGGUAUUCCUGUUACCUACGCUCGGGAUCUGGGAUUCCUCUUUGAGCCCGACCCAGAAACCAACUUGCUGAAGAUUUGUCCCAUGGGAGGAGGCUAUAUCAAUACGGAUCCUAAGACGGGUAUUUCUCAUGCGCCGGGGACUUUGGAGGAAAGUGCCUUUGUACCGGAGCACGAUGAGAGGCAGAUGAGGAAAUUGCUGGCGCAGACUUUUCCGGCGCUGGCGAACCGUCCGCUGGUUAAGAAGUCGCUUUGCUGGUUUGCGGAUACUGAUGACUCGGACUUUAUCAUUGAUUUUGUUCCCGGGACGUCGUCCUCGGUUGUUUUGUUGUCCGGUGAUUCCGGGCAUGGGUUCAAGAUGUUCCCCAUCUUUGGAUCGUGGGUGUCGGAUUUCCUCCAGGCUGGUCAGCAGAGUGAAACAAGGUGGAAAUGGAAGCACACUGACCCUAACGAGGGCAAGGGGAAUUGGGGUGGUGAUGUGAGCUGGCGUCUUGGAGAGUCAAAGGAGCUCUCUGAGAUUCGGCCUGCGGUAUUGGCUAAGCUUUAG